AUGCCUUCACAUCAGAAGUUCUCGCGUUCGGAACUUAUUCGUCUUCAUUCCAAGACCUUACAAGUUAGCCGUAAUGUUGUUUCGCUGCUCAAAGCAUUUAAUAUCUUCAAGCACCAGAGAGGAAAGAGAGGUGGUAGACGAAAGAAAGCUGAACAAGAACUCUCUAGAAUCCCAGUUCGUAUUACAUGGCAAUCAGCAAACAAAAUCAAUCACACGGAACGAAGGUCUAGGGCUCUUACAAGCAUUCCGCGGAAAGUUAACUCAAAUGUAAGAGGCAGGUACGAUUUCCCAAACAUUCUGUGCUCAAAUUCAAGAUCUAUUAUGAGUAAAAUUGACGAACUUGACAAAAUCAUGAAAGUGUAUUCGAUUGAUAUUACUGCAAUUACUGAAUCUUGGUUAAGUGAAUCUAUUAGUGAUGAUUAUGUAACGUUGGUAGACUAUAACAUCUAUCGAUGUGACCGAGUUGGGCGAUUAGGAGGUGGAAUUUGUGCCUGGGUAAAGUCCGAUAUUCAACAACAACAAAUUUCUCAACACCAGUGUGAUGAUUAUGAGAGCAUGUGGCUCAAAGUUCGCCCUAGAAAGCUCCCUCGUGGGUUUUCAUCGAUUUUAGUAGGAAUUGUUUACCGACCAAAUAAUACGAAAGAUGCAAAUUUACUUGAACAGCGUAUAAUAGAAGUCACAGACAAUUAUUUGAUCCGUUACCCGGACGCCGGUGCUAUUAUUAUGGGCGAUUUUAAUCGUAUGAAUGUAAAAUCUAUUGAAAGAAAGCUUCAUUUAAAACAAGUUGUCAACUUUCCAACGCGUAAUGACGUUACACUUGACCUUAUUUUAACAAAUAUUUCAGAAUUUUACACGGCACCUCAGCAACUCCCUCCGUUGGGGAGAUCAGACCAUUGUUCAAUCUUAUUUUCCCCCCAGGAUUAUAUUGCUCCUAAGGGACUGAACAAGAUUAUCUACAGGGUGUAUCAAAAAAAGGAGACCUUUAGAAAUCAAGCAUAUUGUUAAAAUUUGAAUGCCUUUUCAAUUGCACAUAUGCUGAACCGUAGUGCGUGAAAUAUUGAUGGAUGCAUAUAUUAGAAAAAGGAGACCUUUAGAAUUUGAAAUAACGUUUAAACAAAAGAUUGUCUGCUCCUAGGAUCAAUCUGCUAUGUGCUUAGCAAAGUGCUCCAGAAUUCAAAUUAUAACAAUGGUUGAUUUCUAAAGGUCUCCUUUUUCUAAUAUAUGCACUCCAUCAAUAUUUCACGCACCACAGUUCAGCAUAUGUGCAAUCGAAAUGGCAUUCAAAUUUUAACAAUAUGCUUGAUUUCUAAAGGUCUCCUUUUUUUUUUAUACACCCUGUAUAGGCGGAAGCUAAAUCGGGCAAAUCUGCAUAAGCUAUCAUUAUGCUUGGAGAAACAGAACUGGUGUGAAGUUUACAGAGCGGACUCUGUUGUAAAUAAGAUGUCAGUGUUUUAUAAUAAAGGUAUCACUGCUCUUGACAAGUUUAUGCCCUCAAAACCUUGCCGUUUAAACACCAACGACAAACCAUGGAUGACCAGUUACAUCAAGAACCUCAUUGUUAAACGUCAACGUGCUUGGAAGAAAGGCAAUGUCCCACUUCGUAACUUUUUCCGAAACAAAGUGUCUAAAGAGAUUAAGCUCGCCAUGGGCAAUCAUUAUAGGUAUAAUCUAGAUAACACAAGGUCCUGCAACCCCAGAAAAUGGUGGAAGGGUGUUAAAGCAAUAACUAGGCAGAAACCAAACAAGAUUCCUGAUAAGUUAAGAUUUGGUGGUCAUGAAGCAACUGGAGUUGAAUUAACAGAACUAAUUAGUAGUGUGUUUCUGCGGAUUGUUGACGAAUAUCAGCCCCUGGAACCAGUACCUACCCCUCCAGAUCUUAUAGUCCCUGAUAAUUUCUUGCUAUCAACUUGCCAAGUGUCCCAAAAACUGUUCAACCUUAAUGCCAAGAAGUCCUGUGGUCCUGAACCUAUCCCUACCAUUGUGUUAAAGAAGUUGAGCACAAUUUUAGCCCCACCUUUAACUAAUAUCUUUAAUUCUUGUUUAAUGGAAGGUCUUUUUCCAUCUGAAUGAAGAGUGCUGAUGUCUGCCCAGUCCCCAAGAAAACCAAAGUUGUUGAUAUAGAGAAUGAUUUAAGACCCAUAUCACUUACCUCACCAGUAGCGAAAGUCUACGAGAGUCAUCUUAACUCACUACUACUUGAUCAUGUUGGCCCCAAAUUGGAUGAUCGCCAUUUCGGAUCUGUUAAAGGUUCGUCCACAACCUGUGCAUUGGUGGAUCUCAUGAACUUUCUAUAUUCCAAUACCGACAACACAAACGAUGCAAUUAGACUCUGUUUUUAUGACUUGAGUAAAGGCUUUGAUAGAGUGGAUCAUAACAUCUUAUUGGAUAUCCUGAGAGAAUUGGAUGUCCAUCCUGUUCUAAUUCAGAGUAUUCGUAGUUUCUUGACAGGAAGGCACCAAAGAGUGUGUGUCAACGGUUUUUCAUCUGAAUGA